AUGCUAUAAAGUAGUUAUCGAGAUGGGUAUCAGAUGAAAAAUACACUAACUAAUAUUAGGUCUAAUUAGUUGAAUAUCAAAUAAAUAUCUAAUGACUCAAUUGAAGCAGAUAAAAUUAAAUAGAUAAAUGAGAAAUCAAUUCUAACAAUAUCAAUCUCAACCAACUAUAUGUUAAAUAGAAUCAGGAAAAGAUUUGAUUGCCUAAUUCCAAUCAAAAAGACUCAAUGUAAUUUGCACCAAUUUACUACCUAGGCUAUUUAAUAGAAGAUAUGGGAACAAAAGUAGAUUAACUAUUUAAGAAAUUCAAUUUUUCAAUUAAUAAUGUGGAUUAUAUGAGUGAUCAUAUUAAAAGAUUAACUGAAAAAGUAAAUUAGGAUAUCAAAAAAAGACAAUACUAAUAUCCAUCUAACAUCAAAAUUGAAGAUUACAAAAACUUUUCAUAUUUAUCUCAAGAACACUUUUAAAAUAAACAAGUAAAAUUUACUAUAUUAUAAGAUAGAUUUUUAAUUCAUUCACUAAUAUUGAAUAGAAUACAAUAAUUAGAUAAAAAACUAAAUUAGCAGAUAUAUUAACAACAUCACAUAAAAUAGAAAGACUUGUAACUAAUGAAUUUCAACUUAAUUAAUAUAAUGAAGUCAUAUUAGAAAAGUUAUUUAUUGAUCAUCAUUUAUAUUAAGUUUUAUAAGAAUUUAUUAAGAAUAAAAAGAAUCCUUUGAUUUAUGAGAAAUUAUUUAGAACAUUGGAAAAUUUUGAAACUACACAUAAAGUAGAAAUGAAAUUGUUGGCAGAUUAAUUCAAAGACAUAACACAUAAUGGAACAAAUGAAGAUAUUUGGUAUUAAAUUAAUUAAUAAUUUAAGUGAAAAAAUUAUUAGAAAUACUGUAAAUCAUCUUGAGAAUGAUAUGCUUAAAUAAAUUGGACAUAUAGAUUUGUAAAAUUUAAAUAGAAAAUUUAAAGAAUAUUAUCUUCCUUAAUUACAUGAUUUUGAAAUAUAUUAAGUUGGAUAAUUUUAUCCAAGUGGUAUUCUUCUAGUAUUAAUGAGAUGUGGAAAAGUUAAUGAAGCAGAAAAAUUAUUAUAAACACUUAUAUCUAAUGAUUAGAAUGUAGCUUAAUAAUAUUUUAGUUUCUUUGAUUUGGUAAAUUUGGUUACUUAAUAAAAAAAAAUUAUUAAUUAAAAUGAUGUUGAAGAAAAAUAUAGGUAAUAAUGUUGUGAUAUAAUAUUAUAAUAAUGUUAUUGGCUAUUAAUGGAUGUAAGUGAAGCAUAUGAUAUUUUUGAAGAAACUAAAUUUCAAAAAGAUAAAGACUUUUUCUUUUGGAUGAUUUUGAAAACGGCUCAUGUUUCUGAAAGAUACAUAAAUUAUGAAAAAUAUGAAUAUGAAUCAAAAAAGUCAUUCCCUCAUUGGACUUUAGCUGAAUUACAUGAGGUUAUUCCAUAAACAUCUGUAUGUCUAAGAACUAAUCUCUUUUUAUAAAGGUAUGAUUACAUUUUAAAUGAAUUAUAUAAAAUUCAAAAUUCAUGCUUAUCAUAAGUUGAAUAUUUCAUUUUAAACACAGUAAUUUCAAUCCUUAAUAUUAAAUCAGAAAGUAAUUAAGAAAUUAAAAAAUAAAAUAAAUGGAUAAUUGAUAAUCUUGUAAAUUAUACUUAAAAUAAAUAUCCUCUUGUUUCUUGUUUGAUUUUAUGUGUUUCUGAAUACAAUUCUGAAUCAAUUGCAAAUUUAUUAUAAAGAAGCAACCAUGUUUCUUAAGUAUUAAGUGAUAAAACUACAAAAGAAAAUUUGGAAAGCAUUUUUGGAAAUGAUGAAUUACUAAAAAUAAUAAAUGAAAUGGUUCAUCAACAUUUUGAAAAGAAUUUGCACUCUGCUUUAAAAGAUUUACAAUAAUAAUUGUCUAUGUCUUCAACAAUAAAUUAAAUUAAUGACUGCUAAACUGCAAUAUUAUUAAAAUUAGAUGAAAUGAGUAAUUAUAUUAGACUAUUGCUUAAUUAAAAUGAAGAAGCUUUAAUAGAAACAGCUAUAUAUUUAUAUCAUGAAACAUAAUUUGUUUUGAUAAUCUCUAAUUUUAUAGUGAAUUAAUAUUGUAUUUAAUAAUUUGGGGUCAAAUUGGAUAAAAGUUAACAUUUAGCUAGAAAUUUAGAAAACUUACAUCCAAAAAUAAAGAAUUUAGCAAAGACUUAUAAAUAAUAUUAUUACUUGCAUAGAUUUUAAUUGAUAGAAAUAUUUUAAUUAACUUUUGCUUUAAUGAAAUAAGAUUAAAUAUCAUUAAAUGAAAUUAAUUCUAUGUUAGUCAAUAUUAAUGUACGUGAACUAUCUAAAUGUUUAUUAGAAAAUAAGUAGGUGCAUUUAAUAAAGAUGGUUUUUUGUUAGAUUUUGUAUUUGAUUGAAUAAAAAAAAUUUCUUGAUAAGUCAUUCACAAUGUAAAAAUUUAAAUAAUAUAUUUUAGUGCCAAAAUCAAAGAAUUCAAUGAGACUCUACUCAAAUAUCCUGUCUCUUAAGGGAUUAGAAUUUGUAAAUAGGAAGUUCAAUUUUCUUAGAUUAGUGUAGAUAUACUAAACAAUUAUUCAAAGAUAUUACAGAUUUAUUGA